GUGAAGAGUGACGGUAAGCGCGCAGAACCAUUUCCAACGAAUGUUGAUUCUUUUCAUUCUGUUUUCAAUCAGUUUGCAAAAGCAUUCCAACAAGUUGCUGCCGCUCACAAUCUCGCAUAAUCAUUCGUUUCAUUUAUCGUCUUGACUCUCGUUUUUUGUUCGCUGCCUGUUUUUCUUCGUUGUGAAUGAAAACAAAAAACUUCAACGAGAUAUAGCUCACAUUUAUAUUACAACGAAUCUCAAUCGGAAAUAAUUGUUGUAAAAAAUUGUCGGAAAUGUCAGCGAAAAAAGUAUUGGUUUACGGUGGACGUGGAGCAUUAGGUUCUGCCUGUGUUUCGAAAUUCAAAGAGUUGAACUGGUGGGUAGGCAAUAUUGAUUUAACCGCAAACGAUCAAGCUGAUGCAAAUAUCAUUGUGGACAAAGAAGCCGGAUGGACUGAACAGGAAUCAGCUAUACUUGAUCAACUUCAAGGUCUGCUUAACACCAAUCAAUUGGAUGCUGUUAUUUGUGUUGCAGGUGGUUGGGCCGGUGGAAAUGCAAGCAAAGACUUGGCAAAAAAUGCCGACUUAAUGUGGAAGCAAAGUGUUUGGUCAUCAACAAUCUCAGCCACGAUUGGUUCACGUUUUUUGAAACCCGGCGGUGUGUUGACUUUGACUGGUGCCGAUGCUGCAUUAAAAGGUACACCCGGUAUGAUUGGAUACGGGCUUGCAAAGGCCGCCGUGCAUCAACUAACAAAAUCUUUGGCUGAGGAGAAAUCUGGAUUGCCCGACAAUUCUCUUGUUGUCUCCAUCUUGCCAAUUACACUUGAUACACCAAUGAACCGAAAAUGGAUGGCUAACGCCGACUUCUCCAAAUGGACCCCAUUGGAUUUCAUUGCCGAAACGUUUGCCAAAUGGACCGAAGGAAAAGAUCGACCAAAAAAUGGCUCAUUGAUUCGUCUUGUCACAAACGACAAUAAAACUAAUUUAAUUGCUGCUGAAUAAAAACAUGAAUAUCAUCGACAUAGUCAACAUCGCAGUACGCAAAAUAAACCAGUUUGAUACAAGUUUUAACUUGAAGACUUUUUAGGUCUAUUUGUUAUUUUCACAUUUUUAUAAACAUUUUUUUUUCGCUUUUUUUAAAUAAAUGCAUCGCUUUUUAUCAAU